ACCCCCUCGCACGCUCUAGUAUCGCGAUAUUAUCUAAAACACUUGGCGUUGUAUCGCGAGAUUACUCUUGCUGUCUAGUACAGCACUAAAAACUGUCAGUGAGGUUAGAGGGGGGCAAGAAUUUCUCAAAUCGGCGACUGCCGUUCAAACAGCGGUGUGAAUGUCCAAACCUGUGCUUUUGUGCAAUUACAAACGUAACGUGUGACACUGAGGGGAAAAACGGCAGCGUCCUCAUCCAAACUGUGCAGGCCAACAGUAUCUGAACUAGAUCAAACAGUGCUGUAACACAGCGAGCAAAUGGCGUUGAAAAGAAUCCAAAAGGAACUGACAGACCUACAGAGAGAUCCACCAGCCCAGUGUUCAGCAGGUCCGGUCGGAGAGGACUUGUUUCACUGGCAGGCAACAAUAAUGGGGCCGAAUGACAGUCCAUAUCAAGGAGGGGUUUUCUUCCUUACAAUUCAUUUCCCAACAGACUACCCCUUUAAACCACCAAAGGUUGCAUUCACAACAAAAAUCUACCACCCCAAUAUUAACAGUAACGGCAGUAUAUGUCUGGACAUCCUGCGAUCUCAAUGGUCACCUGCACUUACUGUAUCCAAAGUCUUGCUGUCCAUCUGCUCCCUGUUAUGUGACCCGAACCCAGAUGACCCGCUGGUACCUGAGAUCGCACAUACAUAUAAAGCAGACAGAGAAAAGUACAACAGACUAGCGAGAGAAUGGACGCAAAAGUACGCCAUGUGAGAGUGCCUGCGACUAAAACACUACAGAAUCAAACGGACAGAGAAGUAUGUUUUUACUUUGAACAAGAGGAGUCAAAAGAAGUGGAUGUUGAGGGGAAGGGACCCUUGGAAGGAAAGCAGAAGGCGGAGGUGAGGAGGUGAGAGCCGCUGGUACAUGUUGGCCGCUAUGUGCUAAAUCUGCUGUCAUGUGCCGUUCUCCCAGAUCCGCCGCCACAACGGCUUAGCCUGGAAAACUCCAGGAAAACUGUAAAACCGGACAAACCUCGGGGAACCACAACCCAGGAAGUUAGACUUGUACUACUGUUAGUUCUGUUAUUACUGUCAUUGUGAUUUUCUCAGUGUUGCAUUCUCACUCUUGUCAUCACUGAACGAGGAAACGUCGGGCUGAAGUUGGAAUUGUGGCGAUACAGGAUUGAUCGUGUCUGAACCAUCGCACCGUCCCGUUGGGAGUCCCUGUGGAAACCAUAGUUGUGUGUGCACUCAUACACUUGACAUGUUUAACAGUUUGUGGUAGAAUGUAAAAAAUCGGAUGUCAGAAAGACCUUACUGUAGUCUCCAACUUCCUGCCGUUUCGGUGUUAUCCCAUAAAACACUAUGAAUGUGAUUAGGAAGAGGUUGUGUCCUAAUGAGAUAAUGCGAUUUGAUUUUUGAACAAAUGGAGGUCAUAAAUAGUCAAGUGAGUCUAUAUCUUUGUGCUAUAAAAAAAAAAAGAAACCUAACACCAGGUCCUAACCAGACGCGAUGCAAAGAGAUUCCAUAUACCCUCAUUCACUGUUCCCUACGUUACUAUUUGGCUCGACCAUCACAUGUUUUUAGUUGAGUGUACAUUAGUUGUACACUAGAUAUCGAGAUGCAUUGAAUGAGUGCACUCGAUAAUGUCCACUUCGGUUUCAGUCACCACUACAAAUGGCAGUUUCCUCCAAUAGUGACCUUUUAAAGGUAUGGGGCGAAUUUGUCUGUCCACAACAGGCACGACAAGGCACAAGAUGCAACAAAAUCAAUCACAACUCACAGCCAAUCAGAAGAGUGUGGGCGGAGCUCUCUGAAAGCUUACUGCUCUCUCGCUGUGAAACGGAUAUGUAAUUUCAUCAAAUUUAACUAAAUUAUAUACUCGGUGACUGAUACAAUUUUGUCAUUUUGUUGUGAAAUACACUUGUUUGUUCACAGAGUUCACAGUUUGAUCUUGUUUAUUUCAAGGUGUUUUCAAGAUCUGAGGUAAAUUAUCCAUUGUAGCUUUCACUGUGGCGUUAAAUUCAUACAAAAAUGACGUUCAUAACGCAAAUGGAACUUUUAAUAUUGUACAUACCGGAGAUAAGUCUAAUCGUUGUCAGCCACGAGGUAGCAGAAAUUGAAAAAAAAAUUUUUUUAAAUGAAUUUAAAAUUACGUUUUUAAAAAAUAGAAUGACUCGUCGCUUAUCGCCAUCGCUGUUGAUUAGGACAAAAGCAAAAUGUUAAACAAACCUUUUUCUCGUGGCGUGUUGCAUUGCGUCUCAUUAGGACACAGUGUUAUUUUUAAUUAUUAGACAUAAAUAAUUUUUUUAUUUGGUUAUAAUCAUAUCUCCUUUUGACAUAUUGUUUAUUUAAUCUUGAGCGUCGGUCGAUUUCAGAAUUAAGCUGGCCGUUCACACAGGGCAUAUUCUUGCUUUCCAUUUGCGCUGUAUUUUUAAUGUUGCUCUAUGUAAACGUUCAUCGUUUGAUGUGCAGUGGAAUGGUGUCGAUUUGAAAAGAAUGGACCAAUCAGAUGAAUCUGGGGGCACGUUAACCGUAUUUACUGUACAUAUGGACAAGCUCCGUCAACCUGCUUUUAAUGCAAAAACGUGUCUUGCACGAACGGCCACUAAAUUUAAUUCACCUCAGCUGCAUGUGCAUGAUGUGGCAGAUGUGCAAGUAUUUGUUUUGAUAAGUAUUGUGAAGUUGCUUUAGGAAUCAAGGCAGAUUUUUAUACUUGUCUUAAAAAUUCACCCAAUUUGUUUGCAGAAAAAAAGAGGGAGCAAAAAAGCUGAACGGUGGGACUGUGUGGGGAAAAAAAAGAAAGAAAUGCCACAAUUUCUGCCAAAUGUGAUUAUGCCCCUUUCAGAUUUGCAGGCAAUGGGCACGUCAUAGCGUAUGAAUGCAAUAUUUUUUUGGCUACUUAGCAUUUAUCUCUUCUACAGAUCUGUCUGCAAAAGUGUAAUCUUAAUAAUCUUUAGAUACUCUUGUUCCUGUAGUCACUAAUAUUACUAACUUUUGACAGUUGAUGGUACGUUUGAUGUAUGACCAGCGCAGGUGCUGGACUCAAGUACUUUUACUGUAAAUUAAUUUUUGUAAACGCACUCAUUAACUCAUGGCUGCCUAUUUAGAGGUGGAUGAUCAAGAUGUUUACACAGAGCAGAAUGAAAAAAAAAAUGUUUCUUCACUCGUCUAAAUAGGGCUAAAUAUUGCCAGAAUUAUAUUAAGCACCAUUAUACGUGUUCUGUCACCAAGAGAAUUGACAUUUGUGUCCAGUAUAGCUUUGGAUGAUCCAAACUUUUUGAAACGGCAGUAUAGCUAAGGGAUAGUUUACAACAAAAUGUGAAUUCUGCAUUCAUUUACUCACUUUUCCAAACUGAAUUGAUGACUUUCCUCUGUGAAACACAAAAAGAGAUAUUUUGAAGUAUGUUCACGCUGCUGUUUUCAUACAAUAAAGCAGAUGGGGACCAUGAACUUUCAAGCUCCAAAUCAAAAGUUUGCCAUUUGUUCCAAACUAAAAUCUUAGUAGAUAUGUAUUGGUAAUCUUUGCAAUUGUUGCUUGACCGCUAUGGUCACCAUUCACUUUAAUUGUAUGGAAAAGAGCAGCAUGAACAAACUUCAAAAUUUCUCUUUUUGUGUUUUACAGAAAGAGGUAAUCAGUUGGAUUUGGAAAACAUGAUAGUGUGUAAAUGAUGAUAGAUUUUUUUUUUUUUCCUUCCUUUUUUUUUUCUUUUUAAUCGAAGUGAAUGUAAAAUUUUAUGCCAACUUCUCCUAACUUUGAUUCAAAGAUCAAUGGUAUCGUUUUUGCAUCAGUAAAAUUUUCACUACUAAACGUGGCUCACUGGUUUUGCGUCUGGAAGUAGAAUGUUACGUUUAAGUUAUUUAUUUAUUUUCUAUUUAUUUGUCGUCUUCCAGUCAUCAGCUCAAAUGCAGUCAGCCUGGAAUUACGAGUUGCUUCUCUCUGAUGCUUCGUCUGAAGCAGCCGGUCGAGUUGCAACCCUUUUUGAGAUUGUGCUAAGGCAGUAAUAGCAUGCUUUGCACUCUGGUAGUCUACAAACCUUUUCCCGCAGCUAUUUGCAAGAUAUCAGGGAUCUUUUUUCCAUUCUCUCACCUCCCUCAAGACCCUCAAUAAAACCUUAGCCUUAACCAUCAAUGUACAAGCAACUGUACUGUACCGUUUACUUUGUUUUAACUGUUGAUUGGUACUGUACUACUUUGUGUAUCACAUACACACGUACACAGAGCCAUAAUGACCUCUCCUUGCUAACUGUUUGUGCUAGAAAACCCUGUCAUCUAACCAGCUCUCUCCUCAGACUCAGUACAGCUGAGACUAACCUCCAAGGUGUCAACUUUAGUGAAUAAAGCUCCUUUUGUUUAA